AUGGCUUCCGGGAAGGAGAUCAAGUUCGGAGUGGAUGCUCGUGCACAGCUCCUUGUUGGUGUUGACCGCCUGGCUGAGGCCGUCAAGGUCACGCUCGGGCCCAAGGGAAGAAAUGUGAUCCUCGACCAGUCCUAUGGCGCCCCCAGAAUCACCAAGGAUGGUGUGAGCGUAGCUAAGGAGAUCGAGUUCAAGGACAGGGCCAUCAACCUCGGCGCCCAGCUCGUGCGAUCCGUUGCGAACAAGACCAACGACCAGGCGGGCGAUGGCACCACCUCAGCCACCAUCCUCACCAGGAGCAUCUUCAGGGAGGGAUGCAAGGCUGUCGCUGCAGGCAUGAACCCCACUGAUGUGCGCAGGGGCAUCGAGAUGGCCGUCAAGGCCGUGGUGGACGAGCUGAACAAGAUGGCACAGAAGGUGGAAGGCUUCGAUCGCAUCGCGCAGGUUGCCACCAUCUCAGCCAACGGAGAGAAGCAGGUUGGACAACUCCUCGCUGAUGCCAUGGAGAAGGUCACCAAGGACGGUGUCAUCACCAUCCAGGAUGGCAAGACCUUGACUGACGAGCUCGAGUGCGUUGAGGGCAUGAAGUUCGAUCGUGGGUACAUCUCCCCUUACUUCAUCACCGAUGCCAAGACUCAGAAGUGCGAGUUUGAGGAUGCUGCUGUUCUCCUCGUUGAGGGCAAGGUCUCCUCUUUCCAGCAGGUCUUUGGGAUCCUCGACUUCUGCGCCAAGCAGAGCAAGCCCCUCAUUGUCGUUGCUGAGGACGUCGAGAGCGAGGCCCUUGCUGGCUUCAUCGUCAACAAGCUCAGAGGUGGGCUGAAGGUUGUCUGCGUCAAGGCCCCUGGCUUCGGCGACAACCGCAAGGCCAACUUGCAGGACAUGGCGAUCUUGACCGGAGCUCAGCUCAUCAGCGAGGAGCUCGGCUUGAAGCUCGACAAGGUCGAUCCUGGAAUGCUCGGCAACGUCAAGAAGGUCUCCGUCGGCAAGGACGACACCGUGCUCUUGGAUGGAGCUGGUUCCAAGGCUGCUAUCAAUGAGCGCUGCGAGCAGAUCCGUGGUGCCAUCGAGGGCAGCACGUCCGACUAUGAGAAAGAGAAGCUUCAGGAGCGCCUUGCCAAGCUUGCCGGCGGUGUUGCUGUGAUCAAGGUUGGAGGAUCGUCUGAGGUCGAGGUUGGCGAGCGCAAGGAUCGCUUCGUCGAUGCUUUGAACGCCACUCGUGCUGCCGUUGAGGAAGGAAUCGUUCCAGGAGGUGGAGUUGCUCUCUUGAGGGCCGCCAAGGUUUUGGAGCCUCUCGCUAGCAAGCCGGAGGUCAACCAGGACAUGAAGGUCGGCAUCAGCAUUGUCAAGAAGGCCUGCCAGGAGCCAUGCUUCUUGAUCGCUCAGAACGCUGGAGCGGAGGGAUCCGUUAUCGUCCAGCAGGUCCUCGAGGCUGGAGGCAACAUGGGGUACAACGCUUAUGAGGGUAAGAUGGUGGACAUGGUGGCUACGGGUAUCAUCGAUCCUGUGAAGGUCGUCCGUAUUGCCCUCCAGGAUGCCUCCUCCGUUGCUACCAUGAUGACAACAACAGAGGCAAUGGUCGUCCAGAUCCCUGAGGACAAGCCAGCUGCAGCUGGAGGAAUGGGCGGAAUGGAUGCCAUGGGUGGCGGCGGCAUGUUCUAA